AUGGCCUCCAAGCUCAAGGAGCGCAGAAGGACGCCGGUGUCCCACAAGGUGAUCGAGAAGAGGCGGAGGGACCGCAUCAACCGCUGCCUCACGGAGCUGGGGAAGACGGUGCCCAUGGCUCUGGCCAAGCAGAGCUCAGGGAAGCUGGAGAAGGCGGAGAUCCUGGAGAUGACGGUGCAGUACCUGCGGGCCCUGCACUCGGCGGACUUCCCCCGCGGCCGGGAGAAGGCAGACCUGCUCUCCGAGUUCGCCAACUACUUCCACUACGGCUACCACGAGUGCAUGAAGAACCUGGUCCACUACCUGACCACGGUGGAGAGGAUGGAGACCAAAGACACCAAAUACGCCCGGAUCCUCGCUUUCCUCCAGUCCAAAGCUCGCUUCGUCACCGAGCCCAUCUUCACCUCGCUGGGGUCUCUCCCCGAGCCGGACUUUCCCUCCUACCCGCUCCACGGCGCUCCCGAGUGCGCCGGGCACAGCCCCGGCGAGGCCGCGCUCCCGCCGCCUGCGGGGGGCCCCUUCGCCUGGCCCGGCGCCGCCCGCAGCCCCUCGCUGCCCUACCACCUCCCCGGCGCCGCCGGGACCCUCGCCGGCGCCGGCCAGCAGCGCAGCACCUUCCUCUCCUCCGUGCAGGGCCUCGACCGGCACUACCUCACCCUCCUCGGCCCUUCGCACCCCAACGCCUUCGGCCUGCCGCCGGGCCAGCACCCCUCCGUGCUCUAG